CGGGAAUGUGUUACGCUUUGUUGCCAUGGCGGCCGACGCUUGGUAACGGCGGAGGUGCGCCUGCGCAGAACGGUAGUCGCUAUGGAUUGUGGGAAAGGAAAGCUUGGCCGGUGUUGAGUACAGUACACGGUACCGGAGCCUUGGAGACAAGUAUACGCGAAGACCAGGAAUCUGCGGGAAGGAAUCCCGGGUGCACAGCACCGCUUCACCGCUAAUCCUCCCGGUCACCAGACUGACGCCUCCCGGUCACCGGGAUGGAUCCUGCGGUUGUACGGCGCACACAGGAAUCGCUGGGAAAGGUGAUCAGGAAACCGCCGCUGACCGAUAAACUGCUGGGGAGGCCGCCGUUCCGGUACCUUCACGACAUCCUGACCGAGGUGAUUAGAACAACUGGUUUUUUUAAGGGCUUGUACACAGAAUCUGAACUGAAACCAGAUAAUGUAAAGGAUAAAGAUGCCAAAAUCAACUUCUUACAAAAGGCAGUGGAUGUUGUCACUCUAGUCACCGGUGAGCCUCUUUCUGUAAAGCCAGCUCGUGUUGUAGCGGGACAUGAACCAGAAAAGACCAAUGAAUUUCUACAAGCCAUAGGAAAAUGCUGUUUGAAUAAAUUAUCCAGUGAUGAUGCAGUGAAGAGGAUAUUGUCAGGCGAGAAAGUAGACCUUAAAGGAGGAAAGCCACCAUCAAGUUCCAAAUCUCAGGACAAAGAAAACAGAGAAGCAAAGGAUGAAGAGAGGAGAAGUCACAAGGAGAGAGAAGACAAAAGAGAAACUGAAAUCAGAGAAAGAAGUGGAAGUCAAGAUAGGAAGGACAGACAAGUUAAAGAGGAAGAGAAAAAAGAGCGGGAAAGGAGAAAGGAAAGGGAGAGAAAUGGAGAGACUGAGAGAGAUGGCUUGCGAGAGGGGGAGAAAAAUGAAAAGGAAAAGAACAAAGUGAGAGAGUCCCGGUCAGAGACGGAUAAGGAAAGAAGUAAAGAAAAGUCUGAGCGAGAGAAAGGCAGGGAAAGGGAGAGAAGAAGUGAAGGGAGUCAUGGAAAAGAGAAGGACAGAACAAGGGAGAAAGUACGAGAGAGAGAUCGAGAACAGGAGCGAAACACGGACAAAGAAAAGGAUUCAGAACAUCGCAAUCGUGACAGAGAUGGUGAUCAUGGGGAGCGUAGCAGGGACCGGGAACAAGAAAAAUCACGAACCCGAGAGAGGGAUAAAGAGCGCAAAAGGGAGAGAGACCCUGAGAGGGAAAGAAGGAAGGAACGUGGAAGGGAUAAUGAUCACCAGACUGAAAGAGAUGAAAAGCCACAAGAUCAAGAAAGGACAGAAAACAAGCAUAAAGGUUCCGAGGAGUCUACAAGGAAAACCUCAGAGGUCUCUUCAGGGAAAGAGAAGCUCCUUACAAAUAAAGAGAAACCUCCUGUCCAAUCAAAAAAUUCACGACCAUCAGCCUCAAAACUGCGAGAGAGAAGGCCAGCAAAACCUACAGGUGAAGACCAGACUACAACUCCCAGAAGAGAGACAGCCAGUGAUGAAGAAGGUGGAGUUACAGAGUUGCAUAAUUCUGAAAGUCAUAAUGUUGCAGAGACAAAUAUUGCUGCACAGAAAAAAAUCCCUCGACCUGGAAGUGCUCGACCAGCACCACCAAGAGUCAGGCGUCAAGCCAGUGCAGAAGUAGUCGUUCCAGAAAGGGUGAGCAGUGGAAAAGGUGUAACCAAUGUGAUUGUUGAUAAGCAGAAAGACGAUGGGGAUGAUGACGAUAAUGAGUUUGUGGUGGAAGAAGCUUCUCCUCAGUUGUCAGAGAUGCCCAAAAUGGAGCUAGAGCCAGAACUGGACCUCACACGAGAUGAAAAACAUGGUAGUCUUGUCAAGAAAAUCUUAGAAACCAAAAAGGACUAUGAGACACAGAAUGAUGGAAUCAGUAAGGACAAACUACUCUUGACUGAUACUGGAAGGAAAAAAGAGAAGGAUCUGGUGACAAAAGAGAUAGAGAAACUGAGGGGCUCCAUCCAGAUCUUGUGUCGCAGUGCUUUACCACUGGGUAAAAUGAUGGAUUACAUCCAAGAGGACAUGGACACAAUGAAAAAUGAAUUGCAGAUAUGGAGGACAGAAAACAGACAGCAUGCAGAGGUUCUUCUGCGGGAGCAAAGCGUCACUGACACAGCUGUGGAUCCUCUUAAAGCUGAACUUGCUGAACUUGAACAAUUGAUCAAAGAACAGCGAGAUAAAAUAUGCACGGUCAAAGGGAACAUAAUGCGGAAUGAAGAGAAAAUCCAGAAGAUGGUUCAGAGCAUUGUAACAUCUGGCAGAGACUGAAUUAUGCACUGACACACUCAUCUCGCCAUUCACCUACAUACUUUAUAUGUUUUCACACAUCCAGUCAUAAAAAUCUAUUUAUUUGCAUUUUCUUCAGGGUGAGUGUUUAUAUUCUAUGCAUUGUUUGGGAGGUUAUUGACCAAUGUUGUUUUAUUUUACUUAAUUUUUUAUUUAUUUAAUUUUUUUUACAAAUGGCGGCCUCCAUUCUAAAGGACUCUGCUGUUUAGUAUUGGGAUAUAAUUCUCCUCCUGACUAGACAUAAAUUAGCUUCUCUUGCAAUUCACUAAUCUAAGAAUCCUAAGGAAAUGUCUAAUUUUUAAGUCCUCAUCCGUAUUUGUUUUUAGACCUAACUAUAUUGGUGAUAUUAACUGAUAAUUUAAUAAGACAUCAGAUGUCAGCAAAACUCUCCAAAACUGACUGACUACAGCUAUUUAAAGGGGUAUUCCAGAGUUUAGGUGAAAAAAACUUCAAAAAAAGUCUGCAGAGACUCCACAAACAACAGUGUAACACUAAUCAUAUGUCCUAAACAUUUGCAAUUACCUAUUUUUCCAUACCGUUACUCCCUAUGUGCACCUUCUUAGGGCGGCAAGAGAGAGCGUUGCCUCAGCAGCAGCCCAUGUGAGCUGCAGACUACAGAUCCAGUCAUACAUGGCUGACAUCUACUCAAGAAUGUUGUCCUUCUGGCUGUUGAAGAGUCUCAAACCUCUUGUGCACUUUAUAUUUUGCUCCAUCACUGCUGAGCACCUCUCCAUAGUUCCUAGUUCCCAUCCUUUCCUGUUUCAUAGACAAGUAGCUCAUCCUCCUAUAAAUCAUAGUGCCGUUACUGAGCAUGUUCGAGUAGCAAGCUAAGUAUAAAGCAUAGGUUGUAACCCUAAACAACUAGCUCUUAAAGAGUACCUGUCACCAAACUAAACUUUUAAUAUAUUGUUCCUUAUGUAAAUCUAAGACACUUUGCAAUUUACUUGCUGUUAAAAUUCUCAACCUUUAUAUGUUUUUAAUGUGAUUGAAAAAACGGCCACUAGGUGGCUCUGUUCUAUUCCCUGACGCAAGUCAAACAGUUAAUUUGGUCUCCUCCCGGCCUGGCAGGAGACCAAACUCAGGAAGUGCGUGCGGGGCAUGGCAAAGCACAGCUCUCACAGGCUUCAGUAAUGUCACGCCUGCUGGGAAACGCCCACUUUCUCCUGCAGGGAGCUCACACAAUGUGAGCAAGGGAAAUGUGAGCAAGGGAAAAUACACAGCUUUUUAAAUCUCAGAAAAAAAAUUUAAGGGCUGGAGGGGUGUUAGGAGUAGUUAGGGAAUAUAAUCUGAGUUAGUUUAGAAAAUAUGAUUUGAUGACAGGUGAUUUUUAAUGUCAAAUUAAGGGCCAGGAAGUGAUGGGUGAUUAUGUGGGAAACCACCAGAAAAUUAAAUUACUGUAUUUUGAUGACUUUUACUUUGUACUGUAUACUUUCAAAUGAAGUCAAGUUUGAGAUACUGGGGUAUCCCUUUAAUGUCAAUGGCACCUUCAAGCGCAACUGUCACGAAUUUGUACCCCCAUAAACUAAUCUCAGGGUAUCAAAGUUCUUUUGAAUUACUCUCCAGGUAUACUUUUUACUGCUUUCUAGCAGCUUUUAUCAGGUUAAAAAAUGCUUUAUAAGACAGCCAGCAACAGUCGGAUAGGCGUGGCUAUGGCCCGCAGCCGCCACGCCUAUCUCCUGUAUGUCAUCACUAGGACCGCUGUGUGAUUGGUCCCAGCACAUAGGCCCCUUUAUUAUCCUUAUCCUUCAAUGUAUUAGUAAAACAAGUGCCCAUUCUCCUAUUAGGUUACAGUGCCGUCACAGCGGGUUAGUUUGCUAUGAAAACUGGCCGCCCAUAGCGCUGGUGAUGUGACGAAAACUGUCUCCUGGCGAUGUGGGCCGUCUCCUGAUGGCCCAUGUUACCCUGUGAUCAGUUUAUGGGGGUACAAAUUCGUGACAGUUGCACUUUAAUGUGAAUGUCCACCAUAGGUGCAGUUUUUUUUUCUCUCUGCCAGAACAAUUUUCCCACUUUUGACAAAUACAUCUAAAACUUGAAUUAUAACACCCAUAUAUUACCUAAAAGCAGGCACCCAUUACAUCAGUAAUAUAAUGCAAUUUUGCAUGAAAACAAACUUUUCUUUAAAAAUUAAAAUCAUGUUCGCUUCAGCCCCAAGCAGAGCUUAAAAAACAACCCCUCUUAAAGAUAAAAGUACUAGUUGUGCAGGGAUCACUCGUGCCACUUAUGUCUACAUACACAUCAUAUAUUCACUAGAAAUAAAGAGACCAAAAAUCUUCACAAUCCUUAUGCUAGUUGGGUCAUCACAGAUAACAGAUGUCCUUAUUAAGUACAGGAUGAAAUAACUUGCAACCGCGCAUGUUCUCAAUCUUACUCACUGGUAACAUGGGUUGAUGACAUGGAGAAGCGCUUUUGGGGCCACUGGAGGCAGUAAAACGGGAAGAGAUGACAGAAGCAGGCUGCAAAGUUUCUGCCUGAUGUCCCUUGAACCUUACACAGAACCGGAAUGUUUAACAUUUCAUGCUGCUUCUGAAAUAUAGGACCUCCUAUCAUUUCAAAGCUAAGAUUCUGGGCUUUAAUAUGAUGCCAAGGUCUAAGCUCUAAAUUUUUUUUUUUUUCCAUUCUAGCCAAGUCCAAAAUUAUUACAUUUGUCCUUAGUAGUAAAACCGUUAAAGGGGUACUCCACUGGAACAAUUUCUUUUUUUUAAAUCAACUGGUACCAGUAAGUUAAACAGAUUUGUAAAUUACUUCAAUUUAAAAAAAUUACUUCAAUUUAAAAAUCU